AUGAAUCGUUCGACAACAUCAGCAGAUUCUGAGACAUACCAACAAUGUAAUUAUCAACAAUUUCAAAUGUUGGUUCAUUCAGUCGUCAAUACAUUAAAUACCGAUGAAGUACGGUUGAAACAUCUACAAAAUAUAUCUGAUAAUAUAGAAGUUCUCUCAACAUUACAAAAUUACCCAUCAUGUAUCGAUCUAUUAGUAAAAAACUUCCUCAAGUCAUUGAUGGAGACCAAUACGGUAUUUAUCAUCCCUAGUAAUGCUCAGACAAUUCGCAAACAAAUGAUUGAAGUUUUUCACCGGUUACCAGCAGGAGAAAUUCUUCGACCGUUUGUCAAAGAUAUUCUCUCCCCUGUAUUUAAAUUAUUAACCAAAGAAAAUGAGGAAAACGCUUUGCUAUUACUACGCAUCGUUGUCGAGUAUAUGAAACAACUUCGACCUCAAAUGAUAAACGAAGUUCGCGAAUUUCUGCAGUUUGUCCAUAAUGUUUAUCGACAGAAAGCAUCAGCGCUCGAUCAAAUAUUUCUCACGAAAACCUUCUCCGAUCCAACACUGACUAUCAACGAAGUUGAUGUUUCAAAUAUCAUCGAACAAAUAUGUUCUUCUGUACAAUUAACAGUAAAAAAAGUUCAAGCGCUCCCAUCACAAUCAUCGAUAACCACCGACGAAACAACGAGCCAGCCCGUACUCGAUACAUUCACUGUUCUCGCUCGUGCAUCACAUUCCGUGAAAUUGUUAGCAGAAUUUCCUGUUGCUAUCGUUCUUCUCUAUCAACUUUGUCGACAAGCAUUGCAAACGGAGUUCGGAGAAUUAGUGCCACUGUUCCUACGAUAUUUAACAUUACAACCAACAAAAGAACAAAAAAAUGAUCCAAAAUUCAACAUGGAAAUUUACAUUGAAUUCCUCACAACACAAGCGAAAACAUUAUCUUUUCUUGCCUUUGUGGGCAAAACAUAUCAAGAGCAAUUAGCAUCACAUAGUGAUUUACUAGUCAUAGCCCUUCUCCAGUUACUUGAUGGUUGUCCACCGGAAAAUGUCCAAUUACGAAAAGAUAUCAUCGUUGCAGCUCGUCAUUUUCUCUCGUCAGAGUUUCGAACGUUAUUCAUUCCACAUGUCAAACGAUUCUUCGAUGAAAAUUUACUACUCAGUACCGGUUACACUGCACGUGAAACACUAAAACCAUUGGCUUAUAAUACCUUCGGAGAUUUCUUUCAUCAUAUUCGUUCCAACUUAGCUAUCGAAGAUCUGCAAAGUGUACUCUAUAUGUAUUCGAAGAUGAUCCAUGAUUCAAGUUUACCACCAACGAUUCAAGUGAUGAGUCUGAAGUUUUUAACAAAUAUUGCGGAAGCAAUUCGUCAGAAAGGAACUGAAAAAUCUCGCGAUUUGCUGAUACGUGUGAUCGAAAUUCUUGUAUUUAAAUGCAAAAGUUUAGCUAAACAAUGCGCGCAUUCAUCAUCAAAUUCCAAUGAGAAACCCAGUAUUCCAAACGUUCCACCAAUUGCUGAGGCUGACCUAACAACAAGUUCGCUAGGUGAUCUUGUUCAGAAUAUGAAUGACGUCACUAAUCGCGAAAAAGAAGUGCAACGUCAACAGCUCCUUUCAAUUCGUUUUCAAGCAUCAUCUCCAUUAGUAUUCACACUGACACCCAGUGAUUGUCGUACAUUAUUGAAAGUUCUUGUCGGCAGUCUACGUCAUAUAACUUGGAUCCUCGCCGAUGUGAAAAUCUCCUCGGAAAAUCACGUUUCCCAACCGAAACAAUUUCCUCCAUCCAUAUCGAUUCUCUACAUCAAAUUUUUCAAAUACAUCCUCCAAUGUUUAAUUCUCUUCUUCGAUUCAACGACGCCAACGAAUUCAAAUGGCAAUUCUUCGACAAUAACCAAUCCAAGUAAUCUAACCCGAAAUAAGGAAGAAAAGGAGAUCAUGGACAUAAUUGCCAGUGUAUUCAUCGUUCUGCAUAAGCAAAAUUACCGUGAAAUCUUCGAGAAUAACCUUCUGUAUUUCUAUCAAUGCGCAAACAAAAAUCCCAAUAUAACAUUGAUAAUGAACACUUUACUACAACAAUCACCAUCGUCGACCAUUCUUGUGGAAUUAUUACUUGAAUUUCUUCUACCACGAAUACACGAAAUCGGUGAAACGAAUAAUACAAAUAAUGCCUGUUUGAAGUUGUUUAAAUUAGUGAUUAAUAGUGUUGUUACAACAACGUUAGCUAAUGAAAACGAGAAAAUCCUUCAACCUUACUUGAAACAGAUUAUCUUACGUUCAAUCGAAUGCGCACAAUUAACCACAGAUCCAUACAACUAUUUCAUUUUAUUACGUGCACUUUUUCGCAGCAUCGGGGUCGGAAACCACGAAUUGUUAAAUCAAGAAUUUUUAACUUUAUUACAUUUUCUUCUUCAACGACUAAAUGAAUACCAAUCAUGCAAACAUCGACAGCACUUACGAGAAUUAUUCAUUGAAUUAUGCUUAACAGUACCUGUACGUCUAAGCGUACUAUUACCGUACUUACCUUUACUCAUGGAACCAUUAGUCAAUGCACUGAAUGGUUCAUCAACAUUGAUCUUACAAGGUUUACGUACAUUAGAACUAUGUGUCGAUAAUUUACAACCGGAUUUUCUUUAUAAUCAUAUUUUACCUGUUCGAAGCAGUUUAAUGAUGUCGUUGUACCGUUUAUUGAGUCAUAUUAAUAAUGAUAUUGCACAAAAUACGUUUCGAAUUUUGGGCAAAUUGGGAGGAAAUAACCGGCGUAUUUUAAAUGAACCACAACAGAUAAAAUAUGACAAUGAGGGUUUCGAUCCUGAUCAUCAGAAUGAAAUAUAUGUGCAAAUGUUUUUCGAAAAUGAAUCGAAAACAAUCGGAAUACCUUUGUUAGAGAUUCUUCGAGCGUGUUCUCAACAACUAAGAUCCUCUUCUACUGAUCAGCAGAGUAUUAAACGUCAGGCAUGGCUAAUAGUUCGUAGUUUUCUCUCGGUUUUGAUUGCUAAAGACGAUGAUCACGAUCUUGUCACACAUCUAUUGAAUCAUUCGAGUUUUUUGAAUGGUAAGAUAUCCGAUUCUCCCACAACAUGGAGUGCUCAUAUCGAAGUCAAAUCUCGCCAUGGCCAUGAUUUACUCCUUCAAUGCUUACACCAAGCUGCAACCUGUAAAAAUCUAGCUGAUGAAGUCCUUCCAAUAUUGAAAUCAACUAUCCAACAUUAUACACUCGUCGCAGCUGCACAACAAGCAGGUCCUCUAUCAUCUGAUAUUUAUAAUAAAAAUGAAACUGCUGAUUGUUCGAUAAUUCUCAUCGAUAGUAUUAUAUCUUGUUACAUUGAUAUCGAUGACGAUUUGAACUCCAUUGGUCGUAUAUCCUUCGAAAAGCUAUUUGAUACUUUAUUAAUUCUUUUCAACCAUGAUUAUCAGCGCAUUGCUCAAUUACCAAUGAUAAAAUACCUUGUCGAUGCAUUAUACAGCCACAGUCAUGAUCGUAUGUGGUUUGCGAAACAAGGCACAUGUCGUUUUCUUUCCGAAAUCUGUUUGAAUUACUUUUCGAAAGAGAACCAAUGGUUUAUCGACAAUUUCAAUCAAAUUCUUCAUGUGUUUUUCCAUGUUAUCAUAUCCUUAACGGAUGAAAUCUCCUCCGGAACACUGGACAUCAUAUCGAACAUGAUUAAAGAAUUUCUAACGAAAUACUCGGCAAUAAAAUCGCACGAGAAUCUAAUUGAAUUAUUACUCAGUUACAUCUUCUGCCCGAUAAGCUACGUUCGAAGUUUAGUAUACGACUGCCUUCGUCAAUCAAGCCAAUCUUAUCAACAGCCAAUCGUGCGUUUAAUCGAACCGUUCAAAAACGAUUUGAUCAAAAGAUUUGCCUCGUCAAAUAUAUUACCAUUGAAAAACCAUUCCUUAGUCUAUCAAAUCACCUACUUAGACGUGUAUGUUUUCUUUCGUACAUUGGAACCGAAAGUGACUUACAUACAACUGUUCGAUAAUGAGCUGUUCAAAGAAUUAAAGACAUUAAUUUUCGAAGAUAAUGAUAAUCUUAGCAAACUAUCAUCCUAUCGUGCAUUAACUCAACAGCAAUUGAUUCUCAAUCUGAUUUUAUUGAAGAAAUUAGCUAUACGAACCAUUGCCGAGUACUACGAACAGAUCGAUUAUCGCGAACGUGUUCAUUUAUUUUAUAAAAUCUUGAUCACAAUCCAAUCGAAUGAAUUACAAUUAGUCGCCUACGAAUCGAUCGAAAAGAUCUUCAGUGGUUAUCAAAACGAUCAACUACGCUCGCGCUUUGUUGAAUCAUCAAUACAACAAAUCUCGUUCAAUGAAAACGAAAAACUAAAUAUCACACCUCAAAUUGCUCAAACAUUAUUCUAUUUAGCGAAAUUAUCGCCCAAUUCAUUCGGUGAUCGUCUUUGCGAACAGAUCCUGACUGCCAUACGAAAGUUAAUUCUGAUGAUCGCUCAAACAUUUCGAACGGCAUUCGAUGCACAAAAUCAACAUUACAAAAGCUGCUUAACUUUAUUGGAAUUAUUAGCGACAUUACCGAAUUCAUCGAAGAAAGUCAUUGAAACAUUGACGAUCUUAAUUUUAAAAUUCGAUAAACAUCUACUGAUCGAAUCGAGCAGUGCAUGUCGUAAGCAUUUAAUCGAAUUACUAGCUCGUCAUCCUCAACUCAGUCUUGAUCAAUUCAUAAUUGAUGAGAAUCGCUUAAAAGAUUUACAAUGGAGUCGUUUAUUUCUCGAUCUGUUAAAAAGUCCUUCAUCGUCGAAUAUUCAAACGUUUGUUCGCACGAAUUGGUUGGAUCGUUUUCGUCAAAUCCUCAGUGAUAAUAUUGUUCUGAUCGAAAAAACACAAAACAUUCCUCCGAUCAUUUGUAUCACCAUUCGUUCGUUGGCAAUCUUAGCUCGCACAGAUGAAGUCUGGUGGUCGCGACAACACGAACUCGUCUCGCUUUUAUUACGUCUCUGGCGUUCGAAUACAUUUCAACAGCAUUCGUUCAUCUCUUCGGAACAUUUCGACUUGUUUUGUUGCAAAGAACUAAACAACGUUCUCAAUCUCGGUUUGAUCUAUUACCAACAUCAACCGGAUCGAAUUCGUCUUUUACUUGAAUUAACACGUAUCUACUCUUGUACAGAAAAAUUGUUCUAUCCGAAGAAAUUUCUUCAUUUCAUCCAAGAAACAGUCAUUAAAACUUAUUCAACAAAAUGGAAACGCGAUACGUUGGUGACAUUUAUAUCUUUACGUAAGGAUGAAACUUACACAUUGGAAUGCAAAGCGUUAUUUUUCGAAUAUAUCAUCUUACCAUCAUUUACGUACGAAUUUGAAAAUAAUAAAACUCAAUUGACAAAUGAAUUAUGUCAAACAGUUGACAAGACAGAUGAAACGGUCAUGGAUUAUUUUAUUCGAAUAAUGAUCGAAACGAAAUAUCUUCAACAAAUCAACGAUAAAUACCGUAUUUGUCUUCUGAGAUUCUUGUGUUUGUUUCUUGAAUAUAAUCCUCAAAUCAUUUGCGAGACAAACUCUACAGCAACGAACAAACGUGACAGUGAAAAGAUUCGUCGUUUAAUGGAAUGUGCGUAUGGAACAUUGUUGAUGAAUAACAUCGACCCAACGUAUAAAUGUCAAGCACAUUUACUUCUUUGUUAUAUCAUCUCCAAGUAUUCCAUUGUCAAAAAGAUUAUUAUGCAUGUUCUUAAUAGUUUGCUGAAAUCGUAUAUCAUCGACGCGAAGUAUUUAGUUCGACAAGCCACCGAUUUGUUAAUACCAGCGAUACCAGCAAGAAUGGAGGAUGGAUAUGAAAUCCUAGCGUACUGUACGAAGAAGAUUCUCUCGGAUGAUGCACAUGGAAAUUUGCAAUUGAUGCACAUCAUGUCGAUUAUCGUUCGACAUCAGACGAUCUAUUUUCAUGUUCGAUAUCCACUGGCUAAUUUGAUGGUUCAAUCCGCACAGAAGAUAUCUGGCCAACAAAGCAAUUCGAACGAACAAAAGAAAUUAGCUAUUGACAUUAUUGAAGUGAUUAUUAAAUGGGAAUUGAGAAAACAUCACGAACAGAUCAACGAUCAACGAACAUUUCCUCGAUCAUUGAUCGAUUCGCUAUUCGUGUUUCUUAUUCGACAUGCUUGUCAAGUUAAUAUGCAAAAUAUGAUACCGUUAUCACAGCAAUGCAUUCGGUUGUUUAAAAUCGCGAGAAAAUUUGCUUGGCCGAACGUGGAAGUGAAACUGACAACUUUUGAAAGAAUUAUACAUCAAAUCGAGUCUCCAAAUGCAACGGCGCAUAACUCCAUCGCUAUUGCCAUCGAUCUACUUGCAUUUUUGAUAUCCACAUUUACUGCUAUUCAAAUCAAAUACACGAUGCGCACAUUGAAACGUUGGCUGAUCACAUGUGUUUCUAUAGCAAAUAAUCCACGUUUAGUCGAAUCAAUGCAAAACCUCUUCAGCAAAUUAAUCGUACAAAUUCCGAUUGAACCACCAACUGCAAUUCUCCCACCAACUACACCAAAUAAUCAGUCCACCCUGCCAUCACAACUUGCCCAAGCAACACUCGCUUCAUUAGCAACGGCUGCUACGCCAACUAACAAUUUACAUUUGUCCCCAUCUUCACUCAACAAAAGCGAAGAUAUCGAACAAUUUUAUACAGUCAUAACCAAGACUAUUAUUGAUAAUAUGAACAGUUCAUCGACAUCGAUCGUUAAUACAACAGAUAGGUAUGAAUGA